GGCGGCUGCGGAGCCGGGGCCGCGGGCGCGGAGUCUGGGGGCCCGGCUUCCCUCACCCGCCCGCCGAGGCGCUGGUCUCUCCUCCCCCAGCCACCCUGCUCGCCGCCGCCGCAGCUGUCAAAGAUAAACCGGGCCAUUGCCUGCAGGAGCUACGACAGAGAACGGUCGGGCCGUGAGGAGCCUGGGGCGCGGCCUCGCCUCUCCGGCCGGGUUCCCGCAGCAGCUCAGCCGAUAGCACCGCACCUCUCCGGGACCCAGACACCCACAGGUCCCCUGACCGCCGCUUCCGGGCCCGGGGCACCCGCCUCAGCACCGCGGACAGCUCUCACACCCUGCUCGCGGCAGCCUGCCCACCCGCGCCCCCAGUCAGCACCGCGGACAGCCCCUCGACCCACCUAACGGCAGCCUGGGAGCCCCCCGGAACCCCGGAACAUGGCCACCGAGGUCCACAAUCUGCAGGAGCUGCGGCGAAGUGCCUCAUUGGCCACCAAGGUCUUUAUCCAGAGAGACUACAGUGAUGGGACUAUCUGCCAGUUCCAGACCAAAUUUCCCCCAGAGCUGGACAGCCGGAUUGAGCGGCAGCUCUUCGAGGAGACCGUAAAGACCCUCAAUGGCUUUUAUGCCGAGGCUGAGAAGAUCGGGGGCAGCUCCUAUCUGGAGGGCUGCCUGGCCUGCGCCACGGCCUACUUCAUCUUUCUGUGCAUGGAGACCCACUAUGAGAAGGUUCUGAAGAAGAUCUCCCGCUACAUCCAGGAGCAGAAUGAGAAGAUCUUUGCGCCUCGAGGCCUCUUGCUCACGGACCCUGUGGAGCGUGGGAUGAGAGUCAUCGAGAUCUCCAUCUAUGAGGACCGGUGCAGCAGUGGCAGUUCCAGCAGCGGCAGCAGUAGUGGCAGUGGCAGCAGCAGUGCCGGGGGUGGUGGGGCAGGGGCCCGGUGACUGGCCGAGAGUCCCUGCAGGGAGGUGUACGGCCGCAAUGAAGGCCUUGCAGACCUGCGGCGGCUGCGCUACCAAAGCACCCGCUUCUGAGUCAUUCUCUGGGUCCUGCCCUGCUUCCCUGAGGUGGGAGGGAGGGUGACACCCUGCACCUCCCCUUUGCCCCCUGGCAGGAUCCCUCCUUCCUGACCGGAGCCCUGCUUUCCCUGUGGGGCUGGCUGGUCAGAGUCACUUGGAGCCAGAUCUUCCUAGGGCAGGCUGGAGUGGGGAGAACAGUUAGGGCAGCCUCUUUCUUCUUCAGCUUUCUUUCCUUCCCCAGUACCCUGGAGAGGGCCCAGAGAUUUCCCACCCUGCAUGAUUCCUCACCCUGAAGCCCAUGUCCACCAGGACUCUUUCUUGUUCUCUGUGACCAUUUCCCAGUGUCACCUCUUUCUGGCCACCACAGGCUCCCUGCCCAUCCAUGAUCCUGCCUCCGUGGAAUCAGAGGUCUGGGGAGAUGAAUGCUGUGGCGGGGAGGGGUUCAGCAGCUCCUGACCCCUCCUAGAUCUGUUUUUCCUGUCUUCUACCUGGAGCUGGACAUCAUCUCGGCCUUGCCAAGAAGCUGCCCACUUAGACUUUGCAGGCCACCAGGCGCUGGCUGUGGGAUGCACGGCCUGGGGCUUUGGGAGGUCCUGGGGGAGUCUGGAGCAAAUCUUUGCACAGAGAUAUAGCUGUGUGGAGUUUGAACUUCCUGUACCAGAGCCAAGGUUUGGGUAUCAGAACCUGGGUGAGAGUGUGUACGUGUGCUGAUGUAUGAUCACGCACAUGUGAGUGCACUUGUGUGCAUGUUGCACAAAUGUGUGAAUGUGAAUGCAUGUGUGAGUACACCUAUGAGUGUAUGCAUACACGAGUGUAUUGUGUGUGUACGUGGGUAUACAUGAAUUCAUGUUAUCUGAGCGCAUAUGUAUAUGGGCCAGAGUGUGAAUGUUCUCAUGAAGAAAUGUAGAAGAGCACUGUAUAAGUGCAAGUGCAUGUGUAUACGAAUGCACAUGUAUGACUGUGAAGGUCUGAGCAUGUGAGUGUGUGUGUCUGUGCAAGAGAGUACUUGUGUGUUUCCUCGGGUGCUGUACUGACUGCUUCUCUUUGAGUCCUGCCUUGUCUCAUUCCAUGAUGGUCUACAGCUUCUUGUCUGUGUGGGUUCAGCUUGGCCUUCUAUAUUAAGUCAAUGUCCUAAAGCCCCUUGCCCCUUGCCUGGCUCUGGACUCUUUCUCCUGGUCUUUCUUCCACCUUCUGAUUCCCCUAAGCACAUCCUAGUAGAAGACAAUAUGGAGUCCUAGGAGAGCAGAGCCAACCUUUUGGUGGCUUUUGGUGCCCCUCUCCCAGCCCCAUAGUGAGACAGUGGGCCACAGACACUGCAUAUUCAGCCUGCCCAGGUUCCAGUGCUCUUAGGCUGUGAAGUGAGGCUUUCUUGGACAUUCAAAUUAGCCAGCAGCCUGCAGGGGCGAAGGCAGAGUCUCCUUGUGAGGAAAGGGGAUGUCUAGUCAGCAGAACUCUGGCUCCCAAAGCCCAGAGGAGGCAGUGGGAAGGCAGCAGCCUGAGUCCGGUAUCCUGAAGAUGGACAGAAAGGGGCUGCCUCCCUCAGCUGGCAGGAGGUGCUAGAAAUGGUUAUGAAACACCAGCC